CAGCACAGAGAGGUGAUGUCAUGCACUAGGAGUGGUACUGCUGCCGAUGCUGCUGAGCUCCUGUAUCCGAGGAGCACCCGACACAGAGAGAAAGCAAGAGAGAGAGAGAGAGAGGGAGGAAGAGAGAGGAAUAAGCACCACAUUUCCAAGGAGAGGGGGAAACAGCAGAGAAAGUGCAUCAUACUGAGUGAGGAACGAGAACUGACAGAAUGACACUGACAGCCUACCUAGACAAGCUAAAGGAGCUCCCUCUGGUGUCACGCUUCUGUUCCUGCAUCAACUCCAUCCCUGUAGACCAGUCAGUCUACAAGGCCGAAGAUGCAGUGGAUCUCAACUGGUGCGAGAUCAAAGACGUAGAGGUUAUCGAGCUGAACAAGCGAGCAUCUGGUCAGGCUUUUGAGGUGAUCCUGAAACCCCCAUCGUUUGACGGCGUACCCGAGCUGAAUACCUCCAUGCCCCAUCGCAGGGACCCCUCACUUGAGGAGAUCCAGAAAAAGCUGGAGGCUGCAGAGGAGAGACGAAAGUGCCAGGAAGCAGAGCUCCUGAAACACCUUGCGGAGAAGAGAGAGCACGAGAGGGAAGUCAUCCAGAAAGCCUUUGAGGAGAACAACAACUUCAUCAAGAACGCAAAAGAGAAGCUGGAGCAGAAAAUGGAGGCCAACAAGGAAAACCGGGAGGCCCUGCUGGCAGCCAUGCUGGAGAGGCUUCAGGAAAAGGACAAGCACGCAGAAGAAGUGAGGAAAAAUAAGGAGCUGAAGGAGGAGGCCUGCCGGUAGAGGAGGAGAUGGCGGAGGAGGACUGCUUUGGCUAGUCAAAGAAAAAAAACAAGAAAAAAGCAGCCAUGGCGAUGGAAAGCAGGAGAAUGAAGAAGGAAAGAAGUAAUGGAGGCUCAUAGUGGACAUUGCUAAUGACAAUUUGAAUCACACUAAAUCUUUUUUUGUGCGGUUUAACAAUGUCAAAACUAAAAAAUGUCAUGAAAAAAAGAUCAAAAGAUGUGUUUUUUUGUCUAGAUGGUAAUGCAAGGUGCACCAAUGUUCUAGUGUUCAAGUCUGGACGGCAGAGAAAAUGGAUAAUUGGUACAAACCGAGCUGAUGGUGUAGGGAACAGAUGGAAACCAAGUUAUAAUGGAAAGACACUUACACCAACAACUAAGAUCAGUAAGAUGGAGAGGUUAACAGUUAGAUAUCACAUUUCACAGCUCAAAAGCUUCUUUUUCUUGCCAAUGUAUGAAGACUAGCAAAGUAAGCUAUGCAUGUUUAAUCACAGAUCUUUAAUGGAGACAGAACACAAGUCAAUAAAACGAGUCAAUAAUACAGGAUUCCCUCACAUUGCAUUAGAUCUGUUGCUCAUGAUGAUGCAGUUUAUGUUGACAUGAUGAUUAUUAUGAAGCUCAUAACUAUUAGCCUGUUCAUGAUUUAAUGCCUGGAUCCAACUAAUGCUAAUCUAAGCACAAUACAAAAGCACAUAGCCUUCUUUGCAUCAAGCCUGGAUGAUAUUUAUAAACAGGUCACGCCGGAUGAAGAAAGAGAUGGGAGAAAUAAAAACGCGCUUAUGUGUAAAAUAAAGCGCCAGUUUAAGAAGCUGCCUCAGUAUUACUUGGAAAUGGUGCACUUUGUUUUGGCAUGAAAUUGUGUUUUUUCCUUUGCGUAAACUGUGGUCAUUCCUUGUACCUGUAAACUGCAAAAAGACUGAAGAGGACUUUGUAUUUGUGUUAAAAAAAAAGACAUUCAGUGAUGAGAAUUGAUGUGAAUUGUUGAGGAGGCAUAUGUAUAUAAUGGACCCCACUUGCUGCCUAUGUUUGUGGUUGCCCUAAACUCUGUUUUGACAUGGUCAGUAAAAGCUUCUCUUGACUAAACGA